GACAUGGAGAAGGAGCGGGAGACCCUGCAGGCCUGGAAGGAGCGUGUGGGACAGGAGCUGGACCGCGUGGUGGCUUUCUGGACAGAGCACUCCCACGACCAGGAGCAUGGGGGCUUCUUCACCUGCCUCGGCCGCGAUGGGCAGGUGUAUGACGACCUCAAAUAUGUCUGGCUGCAGGGGAGGCAGGUAUGGAUGUAUUGUCGCCUGUACCGAAAGUUUGAGCGCUUCCACCACUCUGAGCUCCUGGACUCAGCAAAAGCAGGUGGCGAAUUUCUGCUGCGUUAUGCUCGGGUGGCACCUCCUGGCAAGAAGUGUGCCUUUGUACUGACUAGGGACGGCCGCCCGGUCAAGGUGCAGCGAACCAUCUUCAGCGAGUGUUUCUACACCAUGGCCAUGAACGAGCUGUGGAGGGUGACAGGGGACACGCGCUACCAGAGGGAAGCGGUGGAGAUGAUGGAUCAGAUCGUCCGCUGGGUGCGAGAGGACCCAUCCGGGCUGGGCCGGCCCCAACUCCCGGGGGCCCCAGCCGCGGAGCCCAUGGCGGUGCCCAUGAUGCUGCUGUGCCUGGUGGAGCAGCUCGGGGAGGCGGACGAGGAGCUGGCGGCCAGACACGCAGAGCUGGGCGACUGGUGCGCCCGUAGGAUUCUACAGCAUGUCCAGAGGGAUGGACAGGCUGUGCUGGAGAAUGUGUCAGAGGAUGGCAAAGAACUUUCUGGUUGUUUGGGGAGACACCAGAACCCAGGACACGCACUGGAAGCAGGCUGGUUCCUGCUGCGCCAUGCCAUCCGGAAAGGCGACCCUGAACUUCGAGCCCACGUUAUCAACAAGUUCCUGUUGUUGCCUUUCCGCUCUGGAUGGGACCCUGACCAUGGAGGCCUCUUCUAUUUCCAGGACGCCGACGACCUCUGCCCCACCCAGCUGGAGUGGGCCAUGAAACUCUGGUGGCCGCACAGUGAAGCCAUGAUUGCCUUCCUCAUGGGCUACAGUGACAGUGGGGACUCUGCUUUGCUGCACCUCUUCUACCAGGUGGCCGAGUACACCUUCCGCCAGUUUCGCGAUCCCGAGUAUGGGGAAUGGUUCGGCUACCUGAACCGAGACGGAAAGGUCGCCCUCACCAUCAAGGGGGGUCCUUUCAAAGGCUGCUUCCACGUGCCGCGGUGCCUGGCCAUGUGCGAGGAGAUGCUGGACGCCCUGCUGAGCCGCCUCGCCCCGGCCCAGGUCCCCGCCCCCGCCCGCCGUGGCGCGGAAUAAAGCCGAGCCCGCCCA